GACGACCACCCGCAGCAGCCGCACCGCCUCCUGUAGGCGCAAUUUGUCCACUAAACAGAGCAGCGUUUUUAUUCUGCGGUUUACUGCGGUGACUUCCCCUUUCUGUGCUGGGUGUUGCCGGUGUUAGCGUCCUGAAACCUUCCAGAAUGUUCCCGGUGCCGAUGGAGAGCGGCUGCGGGAACAUUUGAAGCGGACGGAGUGAAAUGCAUCCCCGGAGCGCUGAACCUGUUCCAUCCCACACACAAAGCCUGUGAGCAGGCCGUGCUUUUCCUCUCACACCGCGCCGAGGAUGCUCAAAGAUGUCGGGGAAUUAUUACAAAGGCAAUGAAGUCAGCUGCUGCAUCAAAUACUUCAUUUUCGGAUUCAACAUCCUGUUCUGGCUGCUGGGCAUGGCCUUGGUUGCGAUCGGACUGUGGGCCUGGAGUGAGAAGGGGGUUCUGUCCAACAUCUCGUCCAUCACAGACCUGGGGGGGCUGGACCCAGUCUGGCUCUUCAUGGUGGUCGGGGGGAUCAUGUUCAUCCUGGGCUUUGCAGGAUGUAUUGGAGCACUGCGGGAGAACACCUUUCUACUGAAGUUUUUCUCCGUGUUUCUGGGAAUCAUCUUUUUCUUGGAGUUGACGACGGGGAUCCUGGCGUUUGUCUUCAAGGACUGGAUUAAAGACCAGCUCAACCUGUUCAUCAACAACAACAUCCGGGCGUACCGCGACGACAUCGAUCUACAGAACCUCAUCGAUUUCACCCAGGAAUACUGGGACUGCUGCGGUGCGUUCGGAGCGGACGACUGGAACCUCAACAUCUACUUUAACUGUACUGAUGGGAAUCCCAGCCGGGAAAAGUGUGGAGUCCCCUUCUCCUGCUGCACCAAGGACCCCGCGGAGGACGUCAUAAACACUCAGUGUGGAUACGACAUCCGAGCUAAACCAGACUCUGAGCAGAAGGACUACAUCAACGUGAAGGGCUGCGUGCCUCAGUUUGAGAAGUGGCUGCAGGACAACCUGACCCUGGUGGCGGGGAUCUUCAUCGGGGUCGCACUACUGCAGAUCUUUGGAAUUUGUUUGGCCCAAAACUUAGUGAGUGACAUCGAAGCUGUGCGGGCGAGUUGGGUGCCCCCCCCCCUCUCCAUGCAUCGACUUCCACCACAGUCCAGCAAGAAAGCAUCGGCUUACUACUCAUGAGACACACUCGCACACACAUGCUGUAUGUGUGUUUGUAGCCGUUUCUUUACCUGAUGCUUGAAGCAGCAUUUAAACUCUAACAGCUCCGGGUUCUUGAACACGCCCCCUUGAACACAUCAUGGGGGGGCAUUCAGAGGACCUCACGGAUCACCUGCACCAUUUUGUUCACUGAACCAGCACCUUUUUUCAAGGCACUAAUAUGUGAAACGCUCUGUAUAUAACACUGUGUGUGACUUCUGUAAAAAAAGAGAAAUGUUGGGGAGGAUGGUUAAACACACACUACAUGCAGGUCGUCACAAUGCUCCAGUUUUGAUAGCUACAUGUAGAGAGUAGGAGUUUUGAUACAUCUUUUUGAUAUUAGAUCGGUAUUUUUCACUGUGGACAUAACGCUGCAUUGCUAAACCCAUCAUGUAGGACAGUGACAUUAUUGUGAACAAGAAGCUGAGGAUCAGUUGAGUGCUCCAUGUUCUCUCCGUCACAGGCAAAGUUACAAAACUGAAAACGGGAUGUCCUUCUUUUUUUUCAAAUUAACACUUUGUUAGAUGUUAGUGUGUUACAGCAGAUUCAAGGACCUCUUCAGAUACAGACACACAUUCCUAUUUAACCAUUGACAAGAAUGACUCAUUGAAUAACCUGCUUUACAAAAUUAGAGAGUUCUUGUGGUGGCAAUGAAUUGUAAUUGCUCAGUGACAGACAGAGGAUGGAUAGUUGUGGGUACUGAAGAGCUAAAUAUUCUCCUGAAACUUACUUAUAUAGCAUUGAAGGAAAGAAAUUGACUAAAAAUGACUUCAAUUAUUUAACAUAGGGAGUCACCAGUAGAGCAGAAAGGGAUCAGUUAAUUUAUUGAUUAUACUGAUUUUCACAUUUACCUUUGGGUUUUGAACCACUGCUUUUUUUGAUACUGUCUAAAUUAAAGUACUAAAAACGUGUAACUACAUGUCAGAUAUCUGAAAAAGGAUAUUAACUGAUUUAAAUCCUUUUCCAAUUUUGGACCAUUUUAUUUGUUGUUGUAUGGUUACUCGUAGACAACAUUUAAAGCUCAAAAUCGUUCUGGCUUUUUCAAGUCUUAUCUCAAUACAACUGAUACUUCUAAGGUGUCUCCAUUGCAGUUAUUGUUGCUCUUUUAUUCCUUCGUUCAAUACUGACCUUCAAAUGAUCCUUUGGUAGCGCAAACAUCCACAGUCCUCACUCCGUGUAAAAACAUGCUGUCCACAGUUUGAAGCUAAAGCUUGUACAGUUUUUCAACAGUCAAUCAAUCAAAUAGGCAUCUUUGAACCAGUAACUGAAUACAUCCCAACUCUGAAAGACAUGCUGAUGGACUCAUUUGGACCAGGGUUCUGAAGGUAUUUGAACCAGUUUGGAUAAAAGGAAUGAUUAUAGCGACCUAAAGCUCAACACAUGGUAUAUGGGUAUUAUGGCCUUUAGAAAUAUGAACUUUUUGGAAAAUAUUGGAAAACUUGCUAUUCUCAAAAUGAGCAGUUCAAAAUGACCUGUGUUGGCAUGUUAAGAAAAGGUAGCCUGUCCUAUCCAAUAUAGAGACGACAUUGCAAAUCUUAAGCAGCCUUUCUUCCUGAAACAUGUUUGAUCCAGUAUGACCACGAAGCGUGUGUAACCUCGCUGUCAUCAUUUCAGUGUUUAGCUGUCCAGGUUUCACAGUUCUGUGUAGAGAGCCAAGGAUAAAGUCCUCUCUCUGUGGUGUGGAUCUGAGCAUUUCUAAUACACUUCAUAUUUUGAGACAGGCAUUUUGGAACAUUUUCAAUUCUGAUGUAUACAUAUUAUAUGUGUAGCCCAUGAUUGUCUUUCACUGUGUAUUUUUGAUCUGAUCAGUAUACACAAUAAUGAAUGAUCUAAAUCUUUAAAUGUAUUCUGGAUUGCAACUUAAUUUCAAAAUAGAUGAAGAUUUUUCUCAGUGCAGCUUUUGAUGGUUUAGGACGAUUAUUUGCUCAAAGCAUGCAUCACUUGUUUGGUUUUGCGGUAUCUUUUCAGUAUGUCAACAUUGAUAUUGUGGAACUUGUACACUGAAAACGUGGAAGUGUUAUCUACUUUAAAAGGGAUUAAUAGUGUUUUUGAUACUAAAUAUUUAUUGUACAUUUGGUUUUAUAACAUCUCUGGUGUAUUGGACAGCAAAACCUUCAUUUCUACUGAAGCCGAUGUGUCUCGUGUACAUUUCACUCAUCACUUCCUGUUCCACUUUACUGAUUGUUUAGAUGAUCACAGAAUUCCCCACAAACAUUGUAAUGUAACUACCUCCUCAUCUCCUUGUCUCAUUUCCUGUUGAAAUUGGACUGAUUUUGCCAUCAAGUAAAAUGUAUUAAGGUGACAAAAAAAA